AUGAAUGCAGCAUGGCCCUGUGCAACCUCCCCGGCGAGUCUCAGCGCGAUAGAUGACCAACAGCAGCGGAUUGAUACCUUGGAACAAGCUGCCAUCAACCCAGAUGGAGUAUCCGACCACCCAACAUCCGACGCCAUCCAACAGGACAACGAGCCAUCUCAGCACUCGCUUUCCGAGCGGCGUCCACGACCCAUUCUCAUUACUCACUUCGCUCCAGAGCUUCUUCAUUGGAUUUUCGGUUUCUUUAAGCAUCCAGCUAUACAUGACAACAGGAUCAAGGUGGAAGAUAUCAACACGAGAUUUGCGGAUGGCGACUUUGAGACAUUAAAAAGUCUCCGCCUUGUUUGUUCCCUCUUUAAUCAAGUUGCAACAGACUUCCUUAUGCCGAUCCUCCGCGUGCAGAUCGAUAAGCCAUCACUAGACCGAAUACAUGCUAUCUCAAGAAAUCCUCUUCUUGGGAACGGUCUGCGCGGCAUCCAACUGCUCAAUUGUCACGCCUUCCUUCUGGGACACCGGGUCGAAGAUGUGACAGCCGAAACAUCCCCAGGCUGUAUCUGGACUGAGGCGCGGUUUGUCAUGCUUGAGAGGAUCCGAGCUUGUGUCCUUGCAUGCGACCGUUGCCUUGGCAGGGAUGUUGGAGCCGUCCCCAGCAUAUCCAGCGUGCCGCAAUCUGACUUGCAAGAUGUUCUCAAAAGGCCCGUUGAAGAGGCGCUUAUUGAUGAGCACCAGGAAAUCCUCUGCAAAGCCUAUGAAGAUUACGGGAGGCAAUAUGAGAGAGACUGGCCAGUGAUAUCAAGGGGCCUACUUAUCAGCGCCCUGGCGAAGCUAUUGUCUGGGCCAUGCCGCUCAGUAUCACUCAGUUUUGAGAGGCUUAAUGAGUGGAAACAGCACUGGUAUGCAUUUAAUGACAAAGAAGCAUCGACUAAAUGGCUAGCACGACCAAAGGGCUUAUCUGAAGUUUCCGGACUAGAGGGGAAACCUAUAGAGGAUGAGCUUAAGGUGUAUAGUGGACUCUUCUGGCAUCUUCCAAUUGCCAUCUCUCAAACGGGGAACGUCUUGAACAGCAUUCAACUCCACGGCCCACUAGUGGGCCAUGAGUACAACAUUAUAUGCCCCGAGGAUAUAUCUCCCGCCAUUCCAGACCAGCCAAUAUGGGACCAGCUUCAAAUGGCAUGCCAGAAUCUGCAGGCAUUCAUCCUCACGAAUGUUUAUUUUCGUUAUAAAUUGCGCCACGACCGGUUUCCUAUCACUGUUCAGAGCUACGAGCAGCAGCCCAUAGAGGAGGGCGUAUCCAUUAGGAAAUACAUUGGCACUAUACUUUCUGGCAAAACACUCGAGAGAGUAGAACUUGAUGCUUCUGCACUUGAUCUACGAGCACUGGGUAGAGACCGAGUCAGAUGCCCACUUGGUCAUGCACUGACUCGGAUGACCUGCACGAAUAUGAGAGUGGUUUCAUUGACAAACAUCGGCAUCUCUCAAAAGAAACUGGAAGCAUUUUUCCAAUCCCUCAAUUCGGGCAUGCAGCUGCUCAGCCUGUCGGAUGUUCAACUCACUCAUGGCAGCUGGGUUCCUGUUCUUGAUCUGUUGCGAGAUCUACUCAAUGAGAGAUGGGUGCACGGGAAAUGUCAAGUACGACUAUCACUGCUUGGGGGAGGCGAGAUUGGACAAUUGGAAGCCGCCCAUAAUAAUGAAGAGGGGGAAUUGCGUAUUUGGAAAGACUUAUGGGGCGGUUUAUGGAAUAUAUCCAAAACCAGCAGGUUGGUAAGAACCCGGCGAUUGCGCCAGGGGUCUUUUCUUGAGUCUCGAGAUACAUCUGAAUUCGAAAUAUCGCUAUAA